AUGGUUCUCAGCCCCACAGCGGCUCUGCCCCACAGCGGCUCAGCCCCCUGGUUCUGUGCCCCACAGGGACUCUGCCCCACGGCGUCCUCCCCCUCCCCCCCGCCCUCCCCGCCCCCAAUAAAGCACAUUCCGUGGGGCGCUGACCCGUGUGGGGCCGAGUUAAUGAGUGAUGACUUGGGGGGCGGGAAGGGUCUCGCCUCCUGCCCCACGGCGCCUUCUUCCCCCCCCACAACCCCGACCUUCGGGCGCCGGCCGGCCAUGGGGCAGGAGGAGCGGGAGGGGGGUUCCGUGGGGCGCCCCACGGCGGGAUCCCGGCCGCCCCCCGUGGACUUGGGGGGAGAAGGGGCGUUUGUGGGGCAGCCGUGGGGCGCGCUGCUGCGGGCGCUGCUGGUGCUGCAGCUCUGCGCCAUCGGGCCCCUGGUGCGACACGCCCCCACGAUCCUGGGGGCCUCGCGGCGGGUGCUGGGGGAGCGGUUGUGGGGCCGGCUGCUGCGGGCCACCUUCUACGGGCAGUUCGUGGGGGGCCAGACCCACGGCGAGGUGGUGGCCACCGCCCGGCGGCUGCGCGCCGUGGGGCUGAGGCCCAUGCUGGCCCUCCCCAUCGAGGAGGAUGUGGGGCAGGAGAAGGACGGGGAGACGUGGUACGAGUCGAACCGUGGGGCGGCGCUGGAAUGUGUGGGGCUGGCGGCCGCCACCGGCCCCCGGCCCAUGAUGCAGCUGAAGGUGACGGCCCUGAUGAGCGCCCGCCUCUGCCAGAAGCUCUCGGGGCGGAUGGCGGAGCCGGGGCUGACCCCCGAGGGGCUGGCGGCCAUCAUGGGGGGCCGGAUGUGGGGCAGAAGGGGGGAAAUGGCUGAGAAGGGGGGGGGAAAUCGGGCAGCUAUGGGGCAGGAGGUGGGGGGUGCAGGGCCGGCUGUGGGGCCGGCUGUGGGGCUGGCUAUGGGGCGGGCCGUGGGGCCCGGGUCCCCGCAGGCCGCCGUGGGGCAGCGCGUGCAGCUGCUGGUGGACGCGGAGACGAGUGACCUGAACCCGGGGCUGGGGCUGCUGACGCUGGCGCUGGCGGCGCGACACAACCGGGGGGCGCCGUGGGUCUGGAACACCUACCAGGCCUACCUGCGGCUGGUCCGUGGGGCCUACCUGGAGGCGGAGCUUCGGCGGGCGGAGCCAAUCCGUGGGGCAGAGCCAAUCCGUGGGGCGGAGCCGAGCCAUGGGGCGGAGCCUGGAGGGGCGGAGCCAAUCCGUGGGGCGGAGCCUCCCGAGGGGGCGGGGCCAGGCCCCCUCCAGCCCAGCCUCGAGGCCACCCACCGCAGCUAUGGGGAGUGCCUGGAGGUGGCCCUGGGGCUGGCGGCGCGGGACGGCGACCGCUUCGGGCUGAUGGUGGCCACCCACAACGAGGCCUCGGUGCUGCACGCUGUGAGGAGGAUGGAGGAGCUGGGCAUCCCGCCGGGGGGGGGCAGCGUCUGCUUCGGGCAGCUGCUGGGGAUGUGCGACCACGUCUCCCUCGCCCUCGGUACGGGGGGGGGGGGGGGGGGGGGGUACUACGCGGCCGUGGAGGCCAAGAAGGAGCGAAGCAGCAAACACGCGCAGACCUUCGGGGCCAAGCAGCCCACCAUGGGGGGCACCGGCCCCGCCCAGGACCGGGGGGUCUGGCUGGCGCUGCUGGGGCUGCUGCGGGAGCGGGGGCUGCUGCCGGUCGUGGCCUUCACCUUCUCGCGCGGGCGCUGCCGGGACCAGGCCGCGGCCCUGGGCUCCCUCCAGCUGCUGGAGGCCCCCGAGCGCGGCCGCGUCCGGGCCUUCUUCCAGCGCUGCGUCGCCCGCCUGCGGGGGGCCGACCGCCGCCUGCCCCAGGUGCUGGAGAUGGCGGAGCUGCUGCAGCGCGGCAUCGGGGUGCACCACAGCGGGGUCCUGCCCCUGCUCAAGGAGGUGGUGGAGAUGCUCUUCAGCCAGGGGCUGGUCAAGGUGCUGUUCGCCACCGAGACCUUCGCCAUGGGGGUGAACAUGCCGGCGCGCACCGUCGUCUUCGACUCCAUCCGCAAACAUGACGGCAACGGCUUCCGCGACCUCCUGCCCGGCGAGUACGUGCAGAUGUCGGGGCGCGCGGGGCGGCGGGGGCUGGACGCCACCGGCACCGUCAUCAUCCUCUGCAAGGGGCCCGUGCCCGAGAUGGCCGACCUGCACCGCGUCCUGCUGGGCCACCCCACCCCCCUGCAGUCCCGGUUCCGUCUGACCUACGGGAUGAUCCUCAACCUGCUGCGGGGCAGCGCCCUGCGCGUGGAGGACGUCAUGCGCCGCAGCUUCUGCGAGUUCCCCCUGCGCCGCGACGCCCCG